CCAGAGCUGUUACCAGUUGAUUUUGUGGCGUUUUCUAGUAAGCCUACAAACAUAGAAGCGCAUCUGAGGCGAAUUCUGAAGAACAACACUUUCUCAGUCAUGAAUUUCCGUUUUGUGUUCACAAUUUGCGCCAUUGCGCUGCCGAUUGUCACUGCCUAUGGCCCAGCUGGAGGUUAUGGUGCCGGCAGUAAUGGUGUCGAGGAGUUGAUCAAUGCUGCCGCUGCUAACCAACAAGGCGGUGCAGCUUCGUUGACUGCUACUGCUGAUGUCUCUGCUCCCGCCUCUGCCCAAGCCGGUUUGGCUGCUGCCAACGCCCAAUUGGCUGCCCUCCAGGCCAACUCUGCCUACAACAACCUCAAGAACUCCGACGCCAUUGCCGAGUCAUUGGCUGAGAAUGUUUUGGCCUCGAACAUCCGUCAGGGUUUGGUGAAUGUUGUGGCUCCCAAUGUUGUGGGACAAACCGCCUUCCGUUCCCUGUUGGUGCCCAACAGACUGAACACCCACCACGUCAUUGCCACCCAGCCCCUCCAACCCCUGGUUGUCAACCAACCCGGCUCCCCCGUCACCCAGGUCAACAGCGGUCCCCCAUCUGUGGUCCGUGCCGCUCCCAUCAUCUACAAAUUGAAGCCAUCCGUCAUCUACCAACAGGAAGUCAUCAACAAGGUGCCAACUCCCCUUAGCCUUAACCCUGUCUACGUUAAAGUAUACAAACCCGGCAAGCAUGUUGAUGCUCCCGUCGCCGCUCCCUCCUAUGGUCCAUCAUACGGCUCCGGCUCCUCAUAUGGUGGCAGCUCUUCCGCUGGCUCCGCCGCUGGCAGUGAUGCUGGUUACGGUGGUGCUGCUGGUUAUAACAGCGCUCCUGCCUACUCCGCCCCAGCUGCAUCGUACGGUGGUCAAUCGGCCUAUUAAAUUAUUUGUUAAAAUAAUUCGAGAGAAGAAAGUUGGACAACUGCGUUUUCGUUUGGCCUGGAAUGAAUCGAAUGGAUUGUCCAAUUUUUUUCGCCUAGAAUAUGCCAAAAUUUUUUAUACUCAAUAAAGAAAUUUUUAAUUUAAAACAAAAAA